AACAACUACAAGACGAGCGAAAAGGGAUUCGUGUUCCCAACAGCAUGAAACGUCAUCUCUAAAGUAAUUUGGAGCCACCGUCACAUAAGGAGAUGUAUACCCGGGAUGAGGUGCUGACAUGUCCUGCAGGACAGAUUUGAUCCCUCAUCGUCUCCUCAUCCCUACAACAGGAUUUUAAUGGUUGGAACGAUCCGUCCCAGAAUCCACUACUGCCACCAGAGACACAGUCUGGUUAUCACUGGAGCCAUGGGAGCAGUAAGAGUCAACAGAUACAGCAUCGUAUCCACAGACGACGACACCCUGAAGAUCUCCAGCCUGGGUCUCCACAACGGCCACGGGCCCCUCGCACAGCAGACCCUGGCUGGGGCCCGGGGCAGGAGCGAGGAGGGGGGCGGAGACGGAGACGGAGGAGGAGGAGGAGGAGCAGGGGGGGUCAUAUCCCUGAGAGCGGCCAGCGAGCCGGUCCUGUACAACGGGCGGCGGCCCUCCCCCUCGCGGCGGCUGGGCGUGGACCUGGCCAUGGGCUGGGGCCUGCACAAGGGCCGCCUGCGCAGCCGCUUCGUCAGGAAGAACGGCCAGUGCAACGUGGUCUUCAACAACAUGGAGGACAAGCCGCGGCGCUACCUGGCCGACAUCUUCACCACCUGCGUGGACAUCCGCUGGCGCUACAUGUUCCUCAUCUUCACCACCACCUUCCUCCUCUCCUGGCUGCUGUUCGGCCUGGUGUUCUGGGGCGUGGCGUUGGUGCACGGGGACUUUGACCUCCGACUGACCCCGGGAGGGGCGGGGCAGCCCGCCGAGGUCACGCCGGGCGGCCCCGAGUGGCGGCCCUGCAUCCUCCACGUGCAGGGCUUCAUCGGGGCUUUCCUCUUCUCCAUCGAGACGCAGACCACCAUCGGCUACGGCUUCCGCUGCGUGACGGAGGAGUGCCCGGCCGCCGUGCUGACGGUGGUGGUGCAGUCCAUCGUGGGCUGCAUCAUUGACUCCUUCAUGAUCGGCACCAUCAUGGCCAAGAUGGUGCGGCCCAAGAAGCGCGCGCAGACGCUGCUGUUCUCGCACAACGCCGUGGUGGCGCUGCGCGACGGCAAGCUCUGCCUCAUGUGGCGCAUGGGCAACAUGCGCAAGAGCCACAUCGUGGAGGCGCACGUGCGGGCGCAGCUCAUCCGGCCGCACGUGACGGAGGAGGGCGAGUACCUGCCGCUGGAGCAGAAGGACAUCGACGUGGGCUACGAUGACGGCCUGGACCGCCUCUUCCUGGUGUCGCCGCUGGUGGUGGUGCACGAGAUCAACAAGAACAGCCCGCUGUACUGCCUGAGCCGCGACGAGCUGCAGAGGGACAACUUUGAGAUCGUGGUGAUCCUGGAGGGCAUGGUGGAGGCCACGGCCAUGACCACGCAGGCCCGCAGCUCCUACCUGGCCCGCGAGAUCCUGUGGGGCCACCGCUUCGAGCCGCUGGUGUUCGAGAAGGGCUACCGCUACCACGUGGACUACUCCCGCUUCCACCAGACCUACGAGGUGCCCGCCACGCCCCUCUGCAGCGCCAAGGAUCUCUACCACAUGCGGGGCCGGGACCCCUGCGCCACCCCCCCCUCCUCCUCCUCCUCCUCCUCCUCCUCUGGCUCGCGCUCCCCGUCGCCGUUCGUGCCGCGGGUCAACCACCGCCUGCUGCCCCCGCACUCGCCCAGCGCCUUCUGCUACGAGAACGAGGUGGCGCUGUGCUGCGGCGACGAGGAGGAGGAGGGGCCGGAGGGGGAGGAGGAGGAGGAGGAGGAGGAGGAGCGGGGACCGGAGCUGCAGGAGGAGAGGCAGGAGCUGAUGCAGGCCAAGAAGGAGGUGGGCUGGAACGACCUGCGUCUGGGCUUCCAAAGAGCAGUUUUUGGGGAGGAGCAGGCCGCGGAGGCGCUGUGCGUCCUGGACAUAGAGAGCCAGAUCGACUACGACCGCCUCCAGCCGGCGCUCCCGCUGUACAUCAGCAGGGAGUCCGGGGUGUGA